AUGAAAAUCUUCAACACCCCCAGCAACUCCAGAACCUUCACUGGCUUCAUCCUCCUGGGCUUCCCUUGCCGCAGGGACGGGCAGAUCCUCCUCCUUGUGCUCUUCUCCGUUGUAUACCUCCUGACCCUCACGGGCCAUGGUUCCAUCAUCUGCGCUGCGCACUGGGAUCAGAGACUCCACACCCCCAUGUACAUCCUGCUUGCCAACUUCUCCUUCCUGGAGAUCUGGUAUGUCACCUCCACAGUCCCCAACAUGCUGGCCAACUUCCUGUCUGACACAAAGAUCAUCUCCUUCUCUGGGUGCUUCCUCCAGUUCUACUUUUUCUUCUCCUUGGGUGCUACAGAAUGCUUCUUCCUGGCAGUUAUGGCAUUUGAUCGAUACCUCGCCAUCUGCCAGCCUCUACACUAUCCAACCAUUAUGACCAGACAUCUCUGUAUCAAUCUCGUGGUCAGUUGCUGGGUACUUGGUUUCAUCUGGUUCUUGAUUCCUAUCAUCAUCAUCUCUCAAAUGUCCUUCUGUGGAUCCAGGAUUAUCGAUCACUUCCUAUGUGACCCGGGUCUUCUUCUAACACUCACCUGCAAAAAAGCCCCUGUGAUAGAGCUUGUCUUCAAUAUCUUAACUCCUCUGCCUGUCUUUAUGCUCUUUCUCUUCAUCGUGGGGUCCUAUGCUCUGGUCCUGAGAGCUGUGCUGAGGGUCCCUUCAGCAGCUGGGAGAAGAAAGUCUUUCUCCACGUGUGGGUCUCACCUGGCUGUGGUUUCACUGUUCUAUGGUGCAGUAAUAGUCAUGUAUGGGAGCCCAACAUCUAAGCAUGAAGCUGGAAAGCAGAAGACUGUGACUCUGUUUUACUCUGUUGUUACCCCAUUCCUUAACCCUAUGAUAUAUAGUCUUAGGAACAAAGAUAUGAAAAAAGCUCUGAAGAAAUUUUAG